AUGACACCUUUCAUGAGCAUCGCCUUAUUUGUUGCCCUGUUCUUGCUCAACUCAGAUCGCAUUCAGAAAGCCAUUGAGAUAUGCAGCGAAUGUUUGAUUUUGUUAAAUGGCACCAAUCAAAACAGCAAAGACCAAUUUGAUUCAGCACUGCUACAAUUUUACAGCGACAUCUAUACCGUUCUUUUCAGCGCUUAUCGUCAUAUCUCUGACUACAUAAAUGCGGAAAGAUACGGAAGGAAACUGUUUGACCUAUACAGAGAGUAUGGAAUUAUGCUUUAUAAACUUGGCGAAAGCCUAAAAGCAAAGGAAUAUGUUGAGAGGGCCCUUGCCAUAACAACCAAAAUUGCCGACAGAAGCGGAGAAGCAUCACGUUAUGGAAACUUAGGUACUGUGUUUGAGUCGCUUGGCCAAUACGACAAGGCUGAAGAGUAUCUCCAGAAAGCGCUUGUCAUCACAACUGAAAUUGGCCACAGAGAAGGGGAAGCAUCAUGUUAUGGAAACCUAGGUACUGUGUUUAAGUCGCUUGGCCAAUACGACAAGUAUAAAGAAUGUCACCAAAAAGCGCUUGUCAUCACAACUGAAAUUGGCGACAGACAAAAGGAAGCAUAAUGUUAUGGAAACCUAGGUAAUGUGUUUAAGUCGCUUGGCCAAUACGACAAGGCUGAAGAAUAUCACCAAAAAGCGCUUGUCAUCAGAACUGAAAUUGGUGACAGAGAAGGGGAGGCAACUAACUACGGAAACCUAGGUACUGUGUUUAAGUUGCUUGGCCAAUACGACAAGGCUGAAGAAUAUCUCCAAAAAGCGCUUGUUAUCACAACUGAAAUUGGCGACAGACAAAAGGAAGCAUCAUGUUAUGGAAACCUAGGUACUGUGUUUGGGUCGCUUGGCCAAUACGACAAGGCUGAAGAAUAUCACCAAAAAGCGCUUGUCAUCAGAACUGAAAUUGGCGACAGAGAAGGGGAGGCAACUAACUACGGAAACAUAGGUACUGUGUUUAAGUUGCUUGGCCAAUACGACAAGGCUGAAGAAUAUCUCCAAAAAGCGCUUGUUAUCACAACUGAAAUUGGCGACAGACCAAAGGAAGCAUCAUGUUAUGGAAACCUAGGUACUGUGUUUGAGUCGCUUGGCCAAUACGACAAGGCUGAAGAGUAUCUCCAAAAAGCGCUUGUCAUCAGAACUGAAAUUGGCGACAGAGGAGGGGAAGCAUCAUGUUAUGGAAACCUAGGUACUGUGUUUGGGUCGCUUGGUCAAUACGACAAGGCUGAAGAGUAUCACCAAAAAGCGCUUGUCAUCAGAACUAAAAUUGGCCACAGAGAAGGGGAGGCAACUGACUACGGAAACCUUGGAAUUGUGUUUAGAACUGUUGGUGAUUUUGAAGCUUCGGAAGUAUGCUUGGAGAAAGCUUUAUGGAUAUUUAGAGAUAUUGGAGAUGGAAGAAAAGAGUUUGAUAUCCUUCUAGGUUACGCCGUUUUGUAUUUAUAUCAAUAUAAAAUCAAAGACUCCUUGUUGUGUCUCCAUAUGUGCAUUGAAAAGUAUGAGGAGCUGAGAUAUUUCUUGGGCGCCAAUGAUCAGUUCAAAACAUCAUUUCUGGAGCACACAGGAAUGUUCCCCUACAAGCUGCUUUGUACUUUGCUUUGUGACACCGGAAAUGCUCGGGAUGCUCUUUAUGUUGAGGAGUUGGGUCGAGCUAGAGGCCUAUCAGACUUAAUGGCCGAGAAGUUUGACGACGCUAAAGAUCAUUCAAGAUAG